AUGGAUUUGGAAAUCGAAUCGCAGAAAACCAAAACCAGCCAUUCGGCAGACCGUCAUGAAGGCAAUUUCCCUAAUAAUGACGAUACCAAAGCUCUUCCGGUCGAGGAUGGCCCUACGACCGCUCUCCCAGAUGCCAGUAAGAAGACUAAAGGAUUGAAGAACGAAAAGAAAGCCCCUGGUAAACCCGAUAAAAAAGGAAAGAAAGGAAAGUCUGGUAAGUCCAAGAAGGCAUCUCCUGCCAAUAGUGAGAGUUCUUCUGGCAGUAGCGAGGACGGGUUUACCAACUCAUCCUCAGAUGAGUCCACCGACACCGAGUCCGCGUCUGGGAGCGAAGAGCGCGCGAAGAAGAAGAAGAUUCAGAAGAAGCGCCAGGAUCUCCGGAAAGCCAAGAAAUUGAUAAAGUCAUCCAAGACGAGCACUAAGCAGUCAAAAUCGCAAAUCAAGGCCUCAGAAAGCAACACUAGCGAUACCGACGCCGAGGAUGAAGAUGGCUCUCAUCUCGGCAAAAAGGGGGGUAUGGGCGAGGCCGCGGAACGAGAGCUUACCAAAUUACGAUUGCAAGUCGAACAGCUCCUGCGCCAAACGGGAUCUAUGGACCUCACCUACAAUCCUCCCGGCGGCCCUACCUCGUCUCUCAACCAAGGUGCUCCCAGAAUAGGUAUUCAAGGAGGGCUCGUUGGUGGUCUCAAUUCUGGUGGGUACCAGUUUUCUCCCGAUGCUCCUAUGAUAGGUUACCACGAUGCCUAUUACGACAAUCGAUAUCCGCCUCCUGGUGCUUCUAUGGGUUAUAAUGAUGCCUAUUUAGACGGUAGCGCAGGCCGUAACAUGGAAUCUAAAACAAAGGACGCCCGUGAUACCAAGCCAGUUGCCCAACGUCUCGAGUUUAAACGCGUGGAUCAAGUCUGGGACUCGCAGAUCCACAAUUACAAGCUCCAAGAUACGGCUGAAGAUGCUAGUAGCUCCCAAUACGACGAAUACCUCUUUCAUGUGAGAAGGACCUUUGACUGGGAGGGAAAAUAUAAGACGACAAUCGUCGAUAUUAAAAGCAAACAACUACGAGAGGCCCUCAAGGAUAUCAUCGGAAACGUCAAAGGUGUCAGUUUAGUUGAGGAGACUCCCAAGCUAGACCCCAAGAUGCUAUUCUUAUAUCUGGAAGAUAUGCGUACAUAUGUGAAAAAUCUCAAGGACCUUGAGCCAGAAGGAGAUUCACGGAAAGAACGUAGAAAAGUCCAGAAAUGGAUUGACGAGAAAAGGCGCCAUCUACGGGUCCUUAUUAAACAUAUAGACACAGACUUUUCCGAGACCAAAAAGAGUCUAUAUCCCAUGCUAGAGAAUGGCCUUAUUACAUUCGAUCUUUUAUGGGCUCUUUGGAAGCCGAAUACGCUCGCCUACGCAACUACGUAUGGUUCUGUCGAUGAACCUCGCGUCUUCAAGGUCGAAGUAGCCGAAAAACAUUAUAGUAUUGUUAGGGGGGAAUUCUAUUACAUAGAGGGCAAGUACUUCGAAUACGACGGCAAGCAGUUCGGAUAUGGCAGCAUGUCAGAGGAGAUAACCGAGUUCCGCGGUGCUCGUAAGAUCACGAGUUUAGGUUGUUAUCCUCUUAAAUACCACAAGAACGAAGUUCAGCUACGCAAAGAUCUUAUCGAGCGUGGUAAGAAAUUCGUUAGCCUUGGUGGUGUGCAUUAUAAGGGUCAUCAAGGCAUGGCAUACCACAAGAAAAAGAAGUCUGUGAUCAAGGUCAAUAUCAAUGGCCGGAUCAUGGUUGAUCCAGCCAUCCAUCGUCGUAUAAACCCCAACUACCCGGUUUCCCUUGUACGGCCCAAGGAUCACGACGUCCUUAGCGACGACGAUGAUAGCGACGAUGAGGCUGAAGAUUGUGGGUGUGACUCGGGAGACGAUACCGGGGGUACUGGUGAUGCCGGCCUCGAAGGUGCCGCCGGAGACGGCAGUGGCAAAGUUAAAUUUGUGACCAAGGUAUACAAGGACAAUAAGGGAAAUGUACGCACUGUGCGCGUACCUAAAGAUUUCAUUGACUCGGAGACGCCGAAAGAGAAGCUUGAUCAAGUUCCUAGCAAGGAUGAGAAGGAGAAGGGUAAAAACGAUGAGAGUGGCAAGAACGACGAAGUGGGUGCUGGGGAAGACGGAAAUGCUGACACCCCACCAGUCUUUACCGACGAGGAAUACUUGAUUGCCUCACCUGUCGUCUUAGGAUUUGCGUUUGCCGAGAAGCUCUGGCUUGAGUUCACCGUUUCUGGCAUUAAGGAGAUUUCGUGGAACGAGCAUGCUUACGACUCGUUGGUCUUACAGUCAAACACCAAGGAAAUAGUCAAGAAUCCCAAGGCUUUGGUGGAGUCUCAUAAGUACCACCCAGCCGCAAGUAUCGAUGAUGUUAUUCAGGGCAAGGGCAAGGGCUUAGUAGCUGUCUUACAUGGGCCUCCUGGGACCGGGAAGACGUUGACGGCAGAGGGUAUAAGCGAGUAUCUCAAGUGCCCUUUGUAUAUGGUAUCAGCCGGUGAUCUUGGAACCGACUCUCGCUAUCUUGAAGCAGAGCUACAGAAGAUCCUCGACAUAUGUCAUGCCUGGGGCGCUAUUCUCCUACUCGACGAGGCCGACGUAUUUCUGGAGAAACGGAAUAUGCAUGACAUCCAUCGGAAUGCUCUUGUGAGCAUAUUCCUCCGGCAGCUGGAAUAUUUCCAGGGCAUAUUAUUCCUCACUACGAAUCGUGUGCAGACUUUCGAUGACGCUUUCCAAUCUCGGAUCCACAUCGCGCUGCGAUACGACGAUUUGGAUGUGAAGGCGAAGAAAGCUAUCUUCAAGAUUUUUAUCGAACGUGCCCGAGUAGUCGCAGGUAUCGACUUGAUGCCGUUCGAUGAGGAGGAUUAUACAAGCUUAGCACGACACAACCUAAACGGUCGGCAGAUCAAGAACACAAUUGGCACUGCCCAAGCACUUGCUGUUAAUAAAGGAGAGCCCCUCAGCAUGCGCCAUAUUCGCGAGGUCCUCAAUGUGCAGCAAAACUUUGAGCAAGACCUUAAGGGAGGCACCGGAUACCAAGAUGCCAUGCGUAGCUAUUUUUAA